AUGAGUGCUCGCAUCAAAAAGAUUAUGCAGAAGAACACAGAGGUGGGAAGGAUUGCCAUGGCGGUGCCUGUGAUCAUCUCUCGAGUUCUCGAGAUGUUCCUCAAGUCUCUGCUCACCGAAACCCGCUCGAUCACCGAGGCCGACCUCAGCGGCGUCGUGUCCGUCGCGCACGUAAAGCGGUGCAUGGAGUCGCAGAAGCUCUUCCGCUUCCUUAAGGAUGCGGCGGCGAGAUUCACGUCGCCGAGCGCACGGGACAACAGAGGUCUGAAUGUGUGGCCAGCAUACACGUGAGGGGAUUGACGAACACCAUUUCCACUCUUUUAUUCCUAAACUCGUCAACCGAGGUGGAACUGAUGUGAUUUGCGGGACCAAAGCACCUGAAAAAAGAGCGAAAGUGGAAGAGGCGACGCCUCCAGCUCUAGCGUAAAUAAUUCACGCUCAAAUUCGUUCCUCCCGACUCUCAUAUUGUAUUACGCAUUAUCAUCAGGAUGUCGGCUUUCAUGGUGUUUAUGUCCGAGCUUUUGGUUUCAUGACGAGUCAAACUUUGCCGCCGUGCUGCACCCACGCGCAAAAACGCAAAUGUUUUAGAAUGUAGCCUCGUGCACAUGCUUCACAUUUCAAAGCCCAUUUGACAAUUUCCACUGCGCAUUUGCUGCAAUUGUCUUGAAAAGAUCUGUCUGUUAAUGCUGGCCUCAUGUAAAUCAAUGAAUGUUUGAAGUGGUUCGGUUCGGGACCGGACCAAAAGUGUUGUGCGCAGGCCCCCUUUCAAUGGCUGCGCAUGGACACCCGAGGAGAGUUGAAUUUGUAAAGCACCUAGUGGCAUUUUUAAACCGGCAAACCUUGUGGUGUGUGCAAAAGAGGCACUCCAAUGUCAAUUAAGAUGAAAGGCACACAAAGCGUACGCAGUGAUUGGUUUAUUGACAUCACGUCGUCGGCAUGAAAAGGUAUAAAUAGAUCAACCCCGCGGUGGAACUGUUCUGUGCGAUGGCAUCGUUUCCGCUUGCCAACGCUGGCUCCCCGCGCGACGCCUUCGCGAAUGCCGGGACGUUACAGAACUGGCCGCGCUCGAGGCUUUGAGGAUGAACGUGCACCGGCGCUGCAUUAGUGGAGGCCAAUUUGGCCGAGUGCUUCUUGUGAGGUUCCUCUGAACAACAAAUACUCAAGAGGGACGAAACUAAAGGAAGAGAACGACACAAACAAACAGUCCUCGCUGACUUCACGCCAAGAUGUCAUCGAUCGUGGUGGUGGUGAUGAUGAUGAUGAU